AUGUUCUACCACGCCUACGACUCGUACAUGCUGCACGCCUUCCCCAAGGACGAGCUCCUCCCCUUGAGCUGCAACGGCUCCGAGACCCUGGGCAGUUAUUCGCUCACGCUGGUCGACUCCCUGGACGCGCUGUUGAUAUUGGGCAAUCACAGCGAGUUUGAGAAGGCCAUCACGUGGGUGGGCGACAACCUCGAUUUCGACCUGGACGCCAACGUGUCCGUGUUCGAAACCAACAUCCGCGUUCUUGGUGGCUUGCUUUCCGCUCAUCUUCUUGCCGCCGAUGCGCCGGAACUGUUCCCCGACUACGACGGCCGCUUGUUGGAGUUGGCCGUGGACCUGGCCUCGCGGCUGCUGCCCGCAUUCCAAACCAACACGCGAAUUCCCUACGGCACCGUGAACUUGCGACACGGCGUCCCCGAGGGAGAAACAACGGUGGCCUCUCUGGCCGGUGCGGGCACGCUCAUUUUGGAGUUCGGCCUCCUCUCGCGAAUCACCGGCAAUCCCGCGUUUGAGGAUGCGGCGCACGCUGCCCUGGUGGGCCUCUGGGAGCGGCGGUCGCCGAUCGGCCUCUACGGCGGCCACAUCGAUACACGAGAUGGCACAUGGACCGACGCAUCGUCCGGCAUCGGCGCGGGAGCCGAUUCAUUCUUUGAAUACCUGCUCAAGGGAGCCAUCCUCUUCGACGAGGCCGACUACUAUGCCAUGUUCGAAGAGGCGUACGAGGCGAUCCUGGCGUACGUGCUGCACGACGGGUGGUACUUCGUCGUGGAGAUGAACUCGGGCAAGAUGGUCCUCCCCUACUUCGACGCCCUGUCCGCCUUCUGGCCCGGCCUCCAGGCGGUCGUCACGGCCCAGGUGCUGCUCGGGGACGUGAGCGGGGCCAUCGAGAGCGUCACGGGCUUCGCCAAGGUGUGGGCCUUCUUCGGGUUCACGCCCGAGAAGGCCAACCUCAUCAACGGCGCCCUGCUGCAGGGACAGAAGAGUUAUCCCCUGCGCCCGGAGCUGGUCGAGAGCCUGUACUACCUGCACCAGGCCACCGGGGACCCCAUCUGGCUCCACUUUGGCAAGGGCAUCCUCUCUGCCCUCCAAAACCGCACCCGCGUGGCUUGCGGGUAUGCGGGCGUGGUGGACGUGGAGACGGGCGAGCUGGAGGACCACAUGAAUUCGUUCUUUCUGGCCGAGACCCUCAAGUACCUCUACCUCCUGUUCGACGACGGCUCCAACUUUGUGCAUAGUGGCGCCCGCGGCCGGCGCUACGUGUUCAACACCGAGGGCCACGUACUGCCGGUCCGGGGCCAGUUCUUCGCGCCGGCCAACCGCUCCCUCGGCGUUAUCAAUGGCCACCGACACUGCCAACGCCCGCACUUCAUGCAAUCCGUGGCGGUGCCGUGGCUCAACCUCGCCAGCAGCUCGGGCCUGCCGGCCGCCAGGCCGCCGGCGCCCGAGGCCGCGGCUGCGACCGAGACCGACACCGAGACCGCAGAGUUGUCGACAGCUGCAAAUCAGACGCAGGCCGAGGCGGUGGUCGAGGCGAGCGGCGGACAGUCUGCGGCACCGGAGCCGGCGGCGGGGGCGACGACGACACCGGUGCUGACGGGCGCGCAGAUGCUGGGGCAGCUCAUGGAGCAGUCCAAGCAGCAGCGACUGCGGGUCGAGCAGCAGAUGGCCGAAAUGCGCGGGCUGAUCGACCAGCUCGAGGCCAAGCUCAAGCUCGAAGCGGACCUCGACGCUGCUGCCGCGGCCACCACCACCGCCGGCGAGGCCACCCCUUCAGCGCCCGCCCCCGACACAGCACCCGCAUCUCCACGUGCCGAGGACUUCAAGCGCAGUCAAGAGUUUCAGCGGAUGAAGGACAUCGCGCGCAUGAUCGAGCAACGCCGGGAAAAGCAACAGCAACAGAAGCUGCUGCAAGAGCAGCCGAAGCGGGACGAACCGUUGGACACUCUCACCGCCGCCACCGCCACCGCCACCGCCGCGACGUCGGCGGUGCCGCACAGCCGAGUGCAGGUGGUCGAGGUGCGGCUGCCGACGACGCAGCACCACCACCAGCAGCCAUCGGGCGGGCAGCCCUGGGUGGCCGAGGACGGGUCGCCACUUAUCAACCGCGUCAAGUCGUGCGACCCGUCGCCUGCGCCGGAGACUGCGACCAUCGCCACGAAGCCAACGACCGCCGACCAGACGACCGACGACGACGGCGCCGAUGUCAACACGGAUGACGUCACCGGUGCCAUAAAGGCGGACGAGGCCCCGCGCGAGGUGGUCUUUCAGCUGAUGAGCGACGGACGGCUGGUGGCGGUGGGCCAGCACGCGGCCGCGCUCGACCCCGAGACCAUGGCACACCUCCUCCACUACGCCCAGGCCCAGCUCCAGGGGGGACUCAAUCAAGGUCCCGGCCCAGGCCGCCUGGGCCGAUGGCUCGCCAAGGAGCAGCAGCCACCAGAACACAAACACGACCAAACGACCAACAAGUACGACGAAGCUGUAGCGCGGGAGGCGGUGGUGUCGCCAGUCCGAUGA